AUGGCCGCGAUUAUGGACCCAAACCUCGAGCUUUACAGGAGUGUAUUACACCUUGAGCCCAAAGAUCGCCGCCAACGCAUACAACAUCUUCCGAGAGAGGAGUUGAUCAGAGUCAAGACUCUAGUUGAAAGGGAGCGAUGGACCCGACGUCUUGAGGAAGCGGUCGCAGGCCGGGAUCUUGUUGAGCUGGCUCUUACUAAUCCUCUGGAGAUUGAGAAGAACCCACCUCUCCAAAAGGCCCUACUUGGACGAGCCUGCUAUCCUGAUGACGAGAGCAACAUGGUGAGGAGGAUUACGAAAGGUCUGAGCAAGCAUGGCGAGUCUCUUAUCACCAGUGUUGCAGGCUUUGAUGGUAUUCCAUAUCCUGCUAUAACUAAGGACGCUUGGGUCUUGGUCUAUUGCGACUUGUUCUAUGUUGAUGGCAACAAUAUGACGUUGGAUGAAGUGUACAGGUCACGGUUUCAAGAAGACGCGCUGCAGACUCGAAGUGAGCAGGCUAGAGAGGUCGCCCGACGCAGCGAAAUGAAAGCGGCUCGCAGGAAUGCUAAGUGGUUGAUUCCUGCCCUUGAGCAACUCUCUGAUAAUGAAUUGUCUCAGUCAGAGUACGACUUCAGCGACACCUUACAUGAGAUCUGGAAGCAGGUAUCCCACAAGCCACCAAACUGGGUUCAGCAUAUACUCAAUGUCCAACAGCCGUGGCGGUUCACCUAUUACAAAACACAAGAAGUCGAAGAGAUGUAUGGCCAUACAUGGAAGGACACGUGGGUCAUGGUCAUUGAUAUGCCCCGGCUAUCGUGGCCGAGUAUUCAUUGCCAAGGGAGGGCAGAUGAGCUCAUGGCGUUGAAAACAGAAGAUUGGGCUACUCCGCCUACGUAUGAAGGCUUGAACAAAGAAGAUGCCUUUCGCAAGUAA